AUGACUGAGUCGGCGCCGCUGCAGGGUGUCAGCCUGAUUGAGAAUGGGUGGUUCAUCGAGAAGAACGCACAGUGGCCCGGUCAAGCCAACGCACUGGAGGUGAAAGAGGUACUUCUGCACAAAAAGACCAAAUUCCAAGAUCUACUGGUGUUCGCAUCUGCGAAGCACGGCAACGUGAUCGUACUGGAUGGAGUUAUACAAAUCACAGAGCGUGAUGAAAUGUCAUAUCAGGAGAUGCUGGCGCACCUGCCCAUGUUCUCCGCGGAGAAGCCUACACACGUUCUCAUCAUUGGAGGUGGGGAUGGAGGCGUCCUUCGCGAAGUGGUGAAGCAUGACACUGUGGAGAAGGUGACUUGGUGCGAAAUUGACGGCGAUGUGGUGGAGGCAGCAAAGAAGUACAUGCCUAACGUGGCCAUUGCCGUCAGUAAUCCGAAAACCGAGCUGCUCGUCGGCGACGGUGUGGCCUUUGCUGAGUCUUCGAAGGAGAACAGCUUCGAUGUCAUCAUCGUGGAUUCGUCCGAUCCUGUUGGCCCUGCCGAGAAACUGUUUUCCAAGGAGUUCUACGUGAAUGUCCAUCGCAUCCUGAAGCCCGGUGGCGUGGUGUGCUCGCAGGGCGAAUGCUUGUGGCUAAACGAGGAUCUCAUUGACGCUAUGGUGACAGACUAUGGCGCAUGCUUCGCAAGCGCUGAGUAUGCAAGUAUCCAGGUGCCGACGUAUCCCUCGGGUCAGAUUGGUGCCUUCAUCGCGCGGAAAGCUGGCACAGCAGGCCCUGCGUCUUGCCGAAGCCCGAGACGAGAGCC